GAUAUGGUCAAACAAAAUAUAUCCUCGGGCCAUGUUGCAUGCUUAAGCUUGAUUGACGCUCUCUUAUAAAUGAAUUCUGCUGACUUUUGAAGUGAACACAGUAGUCUCGAUUGGUCUCGGUCUUCAAUAGAAUCAAAAUACUAAAACAUAUCAUUCCUCUCAGCAGGUAGCGAUUGGUAAAAUUGAAAUCAUGGUUCCAUUUGGUGCUGUUAUUUUGCUUACUACAUUGGGAUUGUACGUCGGAGUGAUUCUGUUCCUGAUAUAUGUGGGAUUCUGCUCAACAGAGAAGUCCAACGCACCAGUGAGAUUCACUCAUUUCUACCUUUUCGAGAAGCUGCCUAAAUGGAUACAGGGAUUCUGUCCUCGUUGGUUGCUGAAUGCAUACAGUUGCUGCACUCUAUACACUUUCCACCAAAGGAACCGACUGUUCUCUUCGACGUUUCUGGUGCUUCAACUGCUAGCUCUUCUCCAAUUCGUAAUUGACGUCAUACCUCUGUCCAAUAAAGUUCGUUCACCUAGCUCGGAGAACAUCAGUGGCAGCAGCAUGCCCGCUCCCAACAUCAGACUGGCAAUUAUGUGCUGGAUGUUCAAUAUAAUCACGUGGACGGUGUGUCUGUUUUCAAAUCCCGGAGUGAUAAAUAAGAAAAACUUGGAUCGUCUGAAGCCAAUGUACGAAAACAGAGAGCAGAGACACCGACUGCACCUAAGUCUAAAAUUGGGCAAUUCCAAAAAGCCAGAGAUUAGUUCAAAUGACUACAAGCAGUGCACAAGUUGCCAUCUGGACAGAAUCAAGAGAUCCAAGCACUGCAAAAUGUGCGGGGUAUGUGUGUUCCGCUCUGACCACCACUGCAUCUGGGUGAACAACUGCAUAGGGGGCAACAACACCCUCGCCUUCCACUGUUUCCUCGCAUCCUUCGUCCUCGAGAGUCUCUUCGGCGCAUACUGCAUGUGGGGCGUGGUCAUGGACGCCGCCUCUUUCGCUAGACUGUGGCAGCUCAGCUACAGGGACAACUACACGCAACAAGUACACCCUGUCAAUUCAUUCGUAGUCGCACAGUACAUGUUUCGACAGUUUCCUCGGAUAGUGGCAUUAAGCUUAUUCUACUGUCUGCUAGGUUCAGGACUCGCUUUCUUCCUAAUUUUUCAUCAGGCACUGAUGCUCACGAAUUACACAACGCGUGAAAUGUUCAAGCGACAGAUGGCUAGUGCUCCUGGCCGAAAGGAUUCUAAACCGAUCGAAAAUACUUGUACAAAAGCUUCCUCGCGAUCCACGAAUUGCCGCGAGAAUAUUGAACCUGAUAUAAACACUCUCAGUAAAGAGAAUGAAAAUCACGAAAAUCGAGGCGACGGAAGAACAGUUAAAAAACGAAAGAAACCUUCAGUUGUUAAACAUGGAUCCUCGAUACAUAGUUUGCUCCAAGACGAGACAGAAGAAAAACUGCUAUCUGCCGAGCGGAGUAUGAACGCAAACUCUAUCAUUAGAAUGCUUACCUUUUCUAACUCACCAUACAAUUAUGGAUUUUUUCUAAACAUGCUGGAUGCGUUUAUGCCCAAGUUGUGUUAUCAAAUUAGAUUAAGGCUGAAACUAUAGUCUUUAAUUUUGUCUUUAACGCAGCCAAUGCUUCUAUUCAUUGUAUAAUUAAA